CCUCCGAAACAAACAAACGAGCAAAAAAGCCCUAAUUAUUCUUAAAGGAAAAGCAUUUAGGAGCGCAAACUUUUGACUUCAGUUUAUUUCGGGUCCGAGGAGAAAAGGAGGCGCCGAAAGAAGCAGCGGACCGGGCCUUGAACGUCCCUGCCCCCUUCUCGUGAUUCUCCAGGCCGGUCCAAGAGGGGAGGGAAUCCGCGCUUUCUCUCACACCCCUUUCUUUCCCUCCAGGGGACGAAAGAAGAGGAAGCCGCGACACGCCGAGCCGUCCGUCUCCCGUCUCCGCCCCGCUCUCGAAUUUGUUUGGAUCCCCUGCAGUUACGUCGUGGUGUGGAGGGAGAUGGAGGGCUUCAAGCUCUUUCUGGCGUUCUUCGCGUCCGCGCUGCUGCUCGGCUUCCUCUCCGUCGUCUUCGCCCUGGUCUGGGUUCUCCACUACCGCGAAGGGCUCGCCUGGAACGGAGACUUGGCCGAGUUCAAUUGGCACCCGGUCCUCAUCAUCACGGGCUUCGUGUUCAUCCAAGGGAUCGCAAUUAUUGUAUAUAGGUUACCAUGGACCUGGAAAUGCAGCAAAUUUUUGAUGAAAUUAAUCCAUGCCGGGUUACAUACUGUUGCUCUGACGCUUGCUAUUAUUUCCCUGGUGGCUGUUUUUGAUUUCCAUAAUGCUAAGAAGAUUCCUAACAUGUACAGUCUGCACAGCUGGAUUGGAUUGACUGCUGUAAUUCUUUAUGCUCUGCAGCUUGUUCUAGGCCUUCUGGUUUUCCUGCUUCCCAUUGCCUCCACUUCCCUUCGGACAAUUGUUAUGCCGAUACACGUUUAUUCAGGACUUCUCCUCUUUGGAUCAGUGAUUGCCACAGCCCUAAUGGGAAUUACAGAAAAACUUUUUUUUACUCUAAAGGAAAAUCCUUCCUAUAGCAGUUCUCCAGAAGAAGCUAUUUUUGUCAAUGUUCUCGGUGUCCUAAUUGUUGCCUAUGGAGCUGUAAUUUUGUGGAUGGCUACAAGGCCCCAUUGGAAGCGCCCACUCGAAUACAUUUUCCAAACCCAUGAACGGAUUGGAGAAGGGCUCAGUGAUGAUGACUGUCAUAGUCCAGAUCUGGAGUUCAACAGUGAUGCAGCUGCUAGGAAGAGAAGUCCUAAAUCUGAUGAAGCCGGACAGAGAUCAGCGAUGUAAAGAAAGCGUAUAACAAUAAUUUGCAAAGAAGAAAACGUAACUUUCCUAUUCUCCCCCAGAUCUUCAACACACUAUGUAUUGCUUUAUUAAUAUUGUUAGAAUUUUUCUGAAUAAAUGAGGACAGUUGCAAAGACUUUAA